AUGUGUAGGGGUUGUCCCCCUAUCAUUCUUGGCGGUCUUACCUUAUCCUAUCCUCGCAACGUCAGGGGAUUGCCUCCUCGGUUGCAGAGCCCUGGAUGUGUAGGGGUUGUCCCCCUAUCAUUCUUGGCGGUCUUACCUUAUCCUAUCCUCGCAACGUCAGGGGAUUGCCUCCUCGGUUGCAGAGCUCUGGAUGUGGGAUUGCCUCCUCGGUUGCAGAGCUCUGGAUGUGUAGGGGUUGUCCCCCUAUCAUUCUUGGCGGUCUUACCUUAUCCUAUCCUCGCAACGUCAGGGGAUUGCCUCCUCGGUUGCAGAGCCCUGGAUGGGAUUGCCUCCUCGGUUGCAGAGCCCUGGAUGUGUAGGGGUUGUCCCCCUAUCAUUCUUGGCGGUCUUACCUUAUCCUAUCCUCGCAACGUCAGGGGAUUGCCUCCUCGGUUGCAGAGCCCUGGAUGUGUAGGGGUUGUCCCCCUAUCAUUCUUGGCGGUCUUACCUUAUCCUAUCCUCGCAACGUCAGGGGAUUGCCUCCUCGGUUGCAGAGCCCUGGAUGUGUAG